AUGGCCAGUUCUUUGUCCCCGGAAUGCACACCGUUAAAGAAAGAAUAUGAUUCAUGUUUCAACUCGUGGUUUGAAGGCUACUUGGAGCCGCCCUCCCAUGGUGUCGGGAAAUCUCUUACGGAUGCCGAGCGCGAGAAGUGGAGUCGAGAGAAGGCAGAGGAAUACGACCGAAAGUGUGGCUCGAUCUGGAGAAGCUACAAAAAAUGCGUACAAGAAGCAGUAUCGGGGAAAGGUCUGGAUAAAUUACUAGAGGAUGCAAGGGAAGAGAACCCUCUCAAGGAUCCACCUCCCCCUUCCGGCGAGGAGAGAAGUUCAUGA